AUGACAACCCAAGCAACCCUCGACAUCGCACCCGGCGAGCACUUGGACAAGGUCUGCGAUGGCCAAACCUCAGGCAGUCGUCGGUUGAAGAUCAUGGAUAUGCCCCAUGAUCACUUGCAGCUCAUCCUCUGCGAAGCCAUCCGCGACUCCCCCGCGGACCGACUUUCUAUUUUAGGAGUCUGCUUCCUCUGGCGCGAUAUCUUGUCCAAAACACACCACCUCUGGACAAAUCUACGCAUCGUCUCCCGAUCCGACAGUGACGAACACUUUGAGCAACUCAUGUGGCGCCUAGACGUGCAAAUUGGACGAUGCGGUACGUCCUUGCUCGACGUCGACUGGGCUACGAAUCUACGCCCAGGGCAGACGGUCGAGCUCUUCACGUGGAUCGCCAGACGCGCUCCAUCUUGGCGGUGGAGGUCGCUCGUGGUUCGUUAUGGCUUUUCUGGUACGCUGGAUGAGACUACGUUGGCGGGCGUAUCCGACUUUGGAAAUCUCACCACUCUCACGUUCUUCGACUAUAUGCCUGGGGGGUUCAUGCAUCUGGUGAACCAGUCUGCCACUCCAAAGCUCAGAUGUCUUUCAUUUCACAUGAUGAUGAGGUCCGAGCAGUUUACCGCCGACACGACCUCUAUCCUCACGUACGUGCCGAUGAUCAAACUUCCCAAGUUUGAAUCCAACAGCGUGACGGUCGUAUUGCCGGAGAAUAUAAAGACGCUCAUAACGCGUCAUGUACUCGACUGUGGCUUUCCUCACAUUACCUCGCUCACCGUCGGCAAACCCAAUCCGUUUGAGCUCUUCAAGGAGCAACAUUUCCCAAACCUCGAGGACCUCGAGGUCAUGUUCACCUCCCUCGACCCUUCGAUAACCGAACCCCUCAGACUGACCAAGCUCACCACGCUCAUCGUGACGGGAAACCACUUUGAACCACUGGCGCUCAUGGUCCUCCCAAACCUCCAAAUCCUACGUAUCCUCCCUGUCGAAUCGGAACAAGAAUCGCGUCAGCAGAUCAAGAGGCUGAGGAGACUCCUCGUCCGACCGCAAUUGAACCUCUCGCCUACAGAGAAGCUCGAAGUCGACAUUGGGCUCCCGUGCAUUGCGUUGGCGACGUGUAUCGUCCGCAUGGCGUGGAAGACAAAGCACGUGGCCGUGAGGUUUGAGAAGAAGUAUCAGAGAACGCAGCUUAUUACGCGCGUAUUUGCGUUACAGCCGACGCCGUUGCUUAUCGGUGCCGUACGGGAGUCGACGGUCGUCGCGCCGUGUCUUCAGACGCUCGAGUUUCGUAAGUCGGUUCAGAGGACGGAAAAGGUUGAGGAAGAGUGGCGAUUGUUUAUGAUGGGUCUCCUUGAAUUGCACCGCGGGAAGCUUGAGAGCAUCAAGACGGUGUGGGGGGAUGAUUCGGACACAAGUGUGUCUCGGGCGGAUUUUUAA